AUGACGGUUUCAACCGCACCUCAGAGCACCAGCACGGCGCUGGCAUUUGUCAUCUCCAAUGUCGCCAUUGCAUUGUUGGCGAUGGGGGUCGUCGGGCUUCGUUUCUUGGCACGGUUUCGGUUCUCUGGGCUGGGCUGCUGUGAUAUGCUUGUGUUUCUUGGCUCCCUCUGCGCAUUGGUGCUGGUCAGCAUGCAAAUCUCGGCGUAUUGCGUGGGAGAAGAGCACGCCGUCAAAUCAAGACAGGCACAUGCAAUGGAGGAGCAACGGUCUGUGGCUAUGAGAUAUAUAGCAAAACUGUUACUGCAUACCUUUGUUUUCAACAUCUUUUACAUAAUUGGUCUGGGUGCCACCAGGGUGAGCGUGCUUCUGUUUCUUCUUGGUACCGUUUCAUCGCGGCCGCUGAAGCUCGCUUGCCAUGUGGCAAUCACCAUGACGGCCGUCUGGACGGUCGCCUUUGGGAUUGCCCACGUGUUUGUUUGUACCCCGAUUGCUUCACAGUGGGACCCGGGCCUGGAUGGGAAGUGUGCCAGCCGGAUUGGCAUUUACAAUGCCCUGAUAUACACAAAUAUUGUACUCGACUUGGGUAUCAUGUUGCUACCAUCGUAUGAGAUCUGGCAUCUCGACUUCAGCCGCACGGAGAAGGCUGGCCUUGCAGCAACAUUUAUUCUUGGAUUCGGCGCCGUGGUCGCCAACUGCGCCAGGCUGACCAGCGAGGGCGUCGCCGACGUGUCUGGGGACUUUGUCGGCACCGUGGACGACAAGUUCUACUUCCUGGCAGCGCUCGAGGCGGUGCUUGGAGUCGCGGCGGUGAGCAUCCCCGCGCUGCGACCGCUCUACUGCCAACACGGGGGCCAGGGCUCGUGGCUGCGUCUGUGUUGGUUGAUCCGAGGCGGGUGCAGUGAAGGGAACAAUGAGGGUGCAGGGGGGGCUGAGCUGGGCCGGGUACGCGGGCGGAACACGGAUGGGGUCGAGAAGGGGAUCACGGUCGAGACAGAAUUUAUCCUCUCGUCAUACCGCACCUCAAAUUGA